GAAUAUAGCACACUGGUAAAUAAUUUGAUUAUGAUCGUUAAAUGGAAUAAGAAAAAUUAAAUAAAAUAAAUUUAGACAUAAAAUAUGUUUAAUAAUAAUUAUAAUAAAAAAGACAUGAUAUAAUGCAUAUAAAACGUCUUUCAAUUUAAGAGGCUAAAAAUUUGGUAUCUUCCUCAUUUGAAAAAAUUAAUCAAAAUAAAAAAUAAUUAAUACAAGAUGCUAUGUUAUUAAAUCCAUUAAGAUUAGAAAAUAAUAUAAAAGCAGUUCAUUAAAAAAUAGGCCAUUUGUAGGUCUAAUAUAAUAACGUUAAUUCUUAAAAUAAUGAUUAUAAGUCUUUUAUUGAUAAAUAAAGGCGUGAACUCUAAUUAUAUAAAUAAAUAAAAUCGACAUUAAUUAAGAAAGUUUAAGAAAAUAAUAUAGAAAUCAAAUAAAUGGAAUCUGAUGAAAAAGAAAAAGAAGCUAAAAUUCAUAAAGAUUCUGAAAUUGUUAAAAUUUAAAGUAUUGAAUACUUUAAAUAAAAAUAAAAAUAUUAAAGAGAUUUCCAUAGUGUUUUUUAAGUUUUAGAAGAGGAAAAUAGAGAAGAAAAAAAAAAAGACAAAUUUGGUUUCAAAAAUGAAAAUGGAGAAAAUAUGAUAAUAGAAUCUCCUGUAUAUAUACUUUUUUUUUAAUUUAUAUUUAUAUUUAUAUUUAUAUAUAUAUAUAUAUAUAUAUAUAUAUAUAUAUAUAUAUAUAUAUAUAUAUAUAUAUAUAUAUUAGUGGUCCAUAUCAAAAACAAUCAAAAAAAACAAUAAAAUAGGCUUGAUAUGUCCUCUAAUUUAGAAGUUUUGAAAAAAGAAGUGGAUUAACAUGACGAGAUAUUCAAGAAAUUAGUUGAUUAGUGUUUACCAAUUAAUUAGAAUAAAAUAUAGAGUAUAAAUAUAGAAGAUAAGGAUUAAAAAAACUAAAUAGAAUAAGAAUAAAUGAAAUAAAUAAUAGAAAAAUUCGCCGAUUACGAAGACAAAAAAAAUAAACUUUAUAAAUAUAUCAUUAAUAUGAGGGAUGAACUAGAAUAAUUACAAAAAUAACGAAAAAGCAUAGACGAAGAAAUCUUAUAUUAUGAAAGACUACCUGAAAUAAUCUAGAAAGACCCUAAAGUGUAAAAAAAUAACGAAACCAUAUAAAAAAUAAGCCUAAUAAAGAAAAAAUAAGAUGAAUAUAAGGAAAAAUAUGAUAAAUUAAUGAUUAAUAUUAAUAAAUUGAAAAUUUAAAUACCAGUAGUCUUUGAAAAAAUAGGAUGUAAUUCAGAAGAAUAUAUAAGGGAAUUAGGCGAAUAAUAUUCAGAAUUUAAAUAUAAAGAUAUAGAUGAAGGAAGUAUUAUUUAAUUCCUAGCUAUUAUAGAAAAAAGAACUAAUGAUUUAUUAUCAUUAUAAAGUUAGACUUUUAAUGUCAAUUAAACAGGAAAUAAAUUAAACGUAUGCUUAUUUAUAUUACUUUUUAUAAAAAACUCAAUAUACAAAAAAAAAAAAAAAAAUUUUUUUUUUUUUUUUUGUAAAUUGAGAAUUAAAAAAAUAUAAACCAGAAGACUCUAAUUGUUCUUUACUAAAUUUCGAAGGAAAAUAAUUUGA